AUGAGUGGAAACAAUUUUGAAAUUAUCAUCAUAGAUGAUGGAAGCCCGGAUGGGACACAGGAAAUUGCUGAACAAUUGGAAAAGAUAUAUGGAUCAGAUAAAAUACUUCUAAGACCCAGAGCAAGAAAGUUGGGCCUCGGCACUGCUUAUAUUCAUGGAAUGAAGCACGCCACUGGGAAUUUUAUUGUUAUUAUGGAUGCUGACCUCUCUCACCAUCCAAAAUUUAUUCCAGAGUUUAUCAGAAAACAGAAAGAAGGCAAUUUUGAUAUUGUAUCUGGAACAAGAUAUAAAGGAAAUGGAGGAGUAUAUGGCUGGGAUUUGAAAAGAAAAUUAAUCAGUCGUGGUGCCAAUUUUAUAACUCAGGUUUUGCUGAGACCAGGUGCAUCAGACUUAACAGGGAGUUUCAGGUUAUACAGAAAAGAAGUCUUACAGAAACUAAUGGAAAAAUGUGUUUCUAAAGGAUACGUCUUCCAGAUGGAGAUGAUUGUUCGGGCUAGACAGUUAGGAUAUACUAUUGGAGAGGUUCCUAUUUCAUUUGUGGACCGUGUCUAUGGAGAAUCUAAACUGGGAGGCAAUGAAAUAGUCUCCUUCUUAAAGGGACUCUUGACCUUGUUUGCUACAACAUGAUAGUUUAUUCCUCAAUUAACUUUUCUAGAAAAACAUUUUCUGACAUCUGUGUGGUUUUUAAUAUAUAAUAGCAGACGCUUGAUAAUUUGUGUGGUGACCAGAAGACCUGCUAUAAACUAACAAUUAAACGAACCACCAAUAAUAAACUAAAUAUAUUGUAUCCCAAAAUGCUCCUUUCAAAAUAAAUGAACUGUAUGUUAAACUAAAAACUAAUAAAGACUAAUGCUCUAUUCUAUUUUUGUAAAAAUAAUAAAGUCUUAAUAAAGAACACAAAGCUAAAUGAUCUCUUGCAUUUAGAAAUGAAUCAUUAUUCAGCAGAAGCUAAAGAU